UCCGUCGCAUUUCAGGGCGGCACCAAGAUGGACGCUACCCAGGCCCGGCAGCAGCUCCGGCGGCGAUUCCUGCUCCUGCCGGACGCCGAGGCCCAGCUGCACCGCGAGGGUGAGCCCAGGCCGGAAACCUCUACAGCUGUUGAGAAAAAGGAGAAACCUCUUCCAAGACUUAAUAUCCAUUCUGGAUUCUGGAUUUUGGCAUCCAUUGUUGUGACCUAUUAUGCUGACUUCUUUAAAACCCUUAAAGAAAGCUUUCACACUAGCAGCUGGUUUCUCUGUGGCAGUGCCUUGUUGCUUAUUAGCUUAUCAAUUGCGUUUUACUGCAUAGUCUACCUGGAGUGGUAUUGUGGAAUUGGAGAAUAUGAUGUCAAGUAUCCAGCCCUGAUUCCCAUUACCACUGCCGCCUUUAUUGCAGCAGGAAUUUGCUUCAACAUUGCUUUAUGGCACGUGUGGUCAUUUUUCACUCCGUUGUUGUUGUUUACCCAGUUUAUGGGGGUUGUAAUGUUUAUCUCACUCCUUGGAUGAUUUCUGAAGACAGGGUCUUCUAUGUUGCCCAGGCUGGCCUUGAACUCCUAGGAUCAAGUGAUCCUCCUGCCUCAGCCUUCAAAGUAGUUGGGACUACAGGCCCAUGCCACUGUGCCUGACUGUACAUGUCAAUGUGAAGUGAAUGAUUAAACAUCCAGCUAGCUGAAAGCAUGACAGACCCUAACAGAAAAGCUACACUGUGUUUUUGCAACUAUGAAGUGGUUUCCUGGGAAACCAGAAUAAAUUAUAUUUCACUUGCAUAUUCUUAAAUUAUUAAAAUUUUCAGAAGUCAGUGAUAUAGAAAUACUAUUUUGCAAUGUUAAUCUGGUUGAUUCUUUGGAGAAAGUGGUUUCAUUAUAGGUGCAUAAUGCACUCUUAAUAUUUUAAAUAAAUUGUUCACUCUUCCAUUUGAGGGAUUUAGACAAGGAUGUCUAAAAUGGCCGAAUGUGUAUAAAGGAAUUAUGUUGUCAUGUGCCUUUAACCAGCUUCAGUAAUUGCUGUAAUCUCGUGUUUAUGGUAGUUUUGUUAGGUAACAGGACCAAAUGAAAGCAUUUUAUGUUUUUUCAUCACUUUAGAUUUUAUCAUUGUGUAAAUUAUUGAGUUUUUAGAAUUUCCUAAUGUGAAUGUUUAAUCAUUUUAAGUAUAUAUAUUUUUUUCUGUGCCAUUUAAAUAAAAUAUUUUUAUAACUUU